UGUGCGCUUUCGUUGGGGGGACACGUUUUAGUUGCUCCAGCCGAAGCGCUCAUGUCGAGCUCGGACAGCUCAUCGGACAGCGAGGAGAAGAAGGACAAGAAGAAAAAGAAGAAGGAGAAGGACAAGAAGAAGAAAGAAAAGAAGAAGAAGGACAAGGACAAGAAGAAGAAGGAGAAGAAGAAAAGUAAGAAAAGCAAGAAGAAGGCGUCUUCAUCGUCCUCGGACUCCAGUUCCGAUGACAAGAAGGCAAAGAAAGAUCGGAAGCGGAAGCAGGAAAAGGACGAAGCGAAGAAUGCGUGGGUCGCUACCAAGAUGCGGGAGCUGCGGAAGGCGGAUCCGAAUCUCGCGCUGCGGGACGCCAUGAAGCAGGCGGAGGAAGAGUAUGAGAAGGUCUUCAACGGCGCAGAGGUGACAAGCCAAGCAGUGGCUCCCAAGGCCGAGUUCGACCUGUCGGCUGCGGCCGAGGCUGCCAGAGAGGCCGAGGAGGAGGCGCGUGCGCUCGGCAAGAGCGAGGAGGAAAUUGCAGAGGCGGGCAAGGAGGCCGGGGAGAAAGCCAUGCGCGUCGCUGAGGAGGCGGGCAUCUACUCGGCUCCCAAGGAGCUGCCGCUCUUCAUGCAGAACCGCCUCAACGCUGCCUCCGCGGCCGCGCGCUUGGCCGCCAUGCCGGCGCCCACCGCGGGUGAGAACAGCCGGCCUGCGGAGAUGCAGGAGCCUAGGAGGUUAGCCUUGAAGAUGCCGGCAGAGACCAAAGACAAGAAGAAGCGGCGCUGAGCCCGCGCUCAGGCCGCCCAAGAUGCGUCUCCGGAGUGGCAAGAAGUGGCCGGAUCCAAGAAAUCUAUAUGGGCUUGCUUCAAUCCCGGGCAUGCGGUGCCCUUGUUGGCUUUGUGCUUUUUGCGGAGGGGGGGCUUCC